CUUGACCACUUGACGUCAAUUUGUAUUUUUUCUUGUCCGAUAAAAACCCGCUAAAAUUGUGCAGGAUUCUAAAAAUGUUCGAAAAUACUUCAAAUUUUGAUUUUGAUGAUGUAAGUUAGAAAGGUACUACGUUAAUUCCCAUCAAUAAUUUUCUGAAGGAUUUUCUAGACUCGUCGUUCUCAUCUGUUAUAACCAGCACACAGCAAAGGGACGGAAGUCAAGCACCAGUCUCUGCUCCAAAUCAAAAGGCAGUUAAUAAAAGCAGCACUGCUGUACUAACUCUUCAAGAAGAUGAACCUUUGAAAAAGAAACCCAAACAAUACGAAAAAGAAACAAACCUCAGAUACCCCAGCUGUGAAUCAGUACAUGAAAACAAUACUUUUAACUCAUCACCCAAAGUUGUAACACGAAGGUUCCCAGGGCCUGCGGGCCUCAUGGAUAAUUCAGAUGUGUUCGCGCCUUGCUCGACAGCUAAAAAUGAUUCUCAAAUCGACAGCUUUUUUCUGUGCUCUCAACGAACAAUGUCAACGUUUGAAGAUGGUCCUUGGACGCAAAUGACUAAAGAUUUUUGCAUAUUGUAUGAUAACAGCACAAUCUACGAGAGGUUCAACAUUGCCUGGAUAAAGAAACAGUCAAAUUCAAAGUUGUUCAAAGCUCCAUUUUUGGCUGCAGUGAUACAAAGCUAUGAAAUCACCAACGGACAAGUUCCUACAGUUAAUGUCACCUUACAGGAUCCUACAGGUUGUAUCCAAGCUACAAUUUUACAUAGCUUGUACAAAGAAAAAUUGGACUACUUAACAACAGGCUCAGUGUUAGUCCUCAAGUCCUUUGGAGUUCUGUGUGUUCAGAAUAGCUAUUGUUUAACUAUAACAGAAAAUAAUUUAGUUAGAAUAUACUCUAUACAAACGAAAAAGAUAGACCGUGAUAAAAAAACUAGUGUUGAAAUAAUUGAAGUACAGAAAGUAAACAUAAAUGAAAUGUUGAAAAACCAUAACGAAUGUUUGGAAGUUGCAAAGACUAGUUGUGGUAGUAAAGUGAAUAAGAUAUCUAAUAUUAGGACAAAGAGUGAUGAAGUUACAACAAAUUCAUUAUGUAAUAUAUUUAGUACAACUAGUGAUAAACGUCUGUUAAACAGUCCAAGUCAUGGAUCGAAUAUAGUUAAUACUUUGAAGUCUCCAUCAGGAUGUUGCAUAAGGGAUAAUGUUACUGAGAAAACGAGUACGUCAAAUAGCGCCAAGACAUUUAAUUUCAAGAAGCCUGCUGGUUCAAAAAAUGACAAUAUCAGCUUUAGUCAGGUUUCAGUUAAAACUGACAAAAGUGAGCAUACAGAAAUUUGGAAAAAUCUAUUUGAAGAUAUAGAUGCUGAGUCACUGUUCAGUGAUUUUUGAUGCAAUUUUCUUUUGUAUGUUUUUUUUUUGUUUUUGGUCAUAAUAUCUACAACCAUCACCACUUGUUACCUCAUAGGAAGAAUAUUUUUUUUUAUGUAUUUUGUAAAUAAAACAUAUUACCC